AUGAAUUCCCGCGAGCAUUCUGAUAUGCCUCCGGCGCCUUCCUAUCCAUCCCCCAACGCCGCGCAGAUGGGUCAGGGUGCCAUGCAAUACUACACGAACCGCCAGUUGACUGCCGACGAGCUCUUGUCCGCUGAGCUUUCCCGCGAAACCUCCGGCCCCGGCCUCGCUGAUGGAUCGAGUAACGGCGUUCACCAUAGCCAAUCGAUGGUUUUGGGCUCGUCAAACCCUGGUGGUCCUGACAUGGGUCGUCCGUCAUCGCCCGACCAGCACCAACAGCAACAACAUAUGCUUCAGUUUACCCCCAGUCAACAAGUGGGUGUCGAUCCGAAUCACGACUUGAGUUAUGGUGAUCAGAGUGCAAGGAGGAAGAGGUCGAAGAUUUCCCGGGCUUGUGAUGAGUGCAGACGCAAAAAGGUCCGUUGCGAUGCGAGCUCGGAAACUGGAGUCGAGACCUGUUCGAACUGUCGCAGACUCGGGGUGGUUUGUCAAUUCAGUCGCGUCCCGAUGAAACGCGGUCCCAGUAAAGGUUACAUCAAAGAACUCGCAGAGCGUCUGCACACUCUGGAGAGUCAGAUGCAGCCUGCUAUGGUCCAUCCCGAUAUGCCUUACCAGACCAUGAACGAAGUCUCACCACCCAGAGGCUACCAAGAGUUUUCUCCCCCAAUCGACACGGGCCCGAUUAACCGCAAGAGAACGUACUCUGUCUUUGAGGGACUCCCCAGUUCUUCUUUUGCUCAGCCUUCUUUCAACCCUCGUGGCUCUCAGAAUGCUUUUGAUGCAGGAGAGACCCCGACAGACCCCUGUAACCCGUCCGUUAUUAGUGGCUCUGCGCCAAAGCCUGGCAAUCUAUUUUGGCCCCCUGGUACUGAAAGCGAGCUUCCGGCUGGUAUUGAGAUCUCAGAUGUCACCAAACAAGAAAUGGAAGAGGACAUGACACCACUGGAUGUAGAUGAGGGUGCUUUCAAUGCGUAUCGAUCGAAAAUCCACCCUGUCUUCCCCAUUCUGCCACACACCAGGGAACGUCUGAUGGAAAUACUCCACCGAUGCAGUCGCGAAUUGCAGGAAGUCUUUCUUUUUGGUCUUUACACUGUGACGCGCACUAAUCUGGAGCGCAUGUCGGGCACAUUUGAAAAAGUGACAUCUUUCGACAACGCCCAGGACAUUCUGCUGUUCUACACUCGCCAGCCAGCUCUAGUCCGCGAGACUUCUACCAACUUGAUAUGGCUUCAGACUAUGAUGCUUAUGAUCUUGGACUGCGAUUCACGAGGUCCUGACAACUUUGUCCUCAAGGAUGGCGUUCCCAAGCACACGCUCAUUCAGUCCGCUACCAAGUUAGGCUCUGAUAUGGCCAAGAGCAUGGGUCAGCUCAAGACCAAGCGAGUCUCCGACCCUGAUGUGGAUUCGGAGGCGAAUAUCACACGUCGUAACUGGGUGUCCUUGAUCAUUCUCACCCGCUGGUAUGCCAUCAGUGUGGCUGAUCCGAGUGUUCUCGGAACCAACGAGAUUGGUGGUCGGGAAGAUGAAAGGGUUGUCGGUCCCGUUACAACAGGAGUUGGCUCAUACUCUACAUUCCUUCCUGAGAUGGUUACCAUGGCCGCACUCGAGCACAAUGUCUGCCAAAGCAACACUGGCUUUGGUCGCAUGGUUGGCGCCAACCUGAUGUCUUCUCUUGAGCGUUUGACGGAGAUAGAUGACAUCCGCACAUUCAACGACAACCCAGAAGAUGCCGCAUCUCACGGGUUCCUUGAGAGUCUACAAAACCAGCUUUACUGGACCAUCCGACUGUUGAUCAAACGACACAUUUUUGUCUACAGUCCGUAUGAGAUCAUCUACUGCGCUGAAGAGGUUAUCAACGAAAUGCACAAGGCUGCCAUGCAAUCACGUAUCGCAACACCGUUCGAUCUCCACAGCUUAGCUUUGGCUUCUAUGACUUUACUCGAGGCAACCGUUCUCCCAGAGCACUCGAACGAAUGCUGGGACUCAUUGAAGAAGGUAGAGGAGAUCCUCGACCGUCGCUUCAAGUACACCUCUGAAGGCGCUGAGUUUGACGGCAUCUUCGCCACCUCGGGCUGGGACUCUAAGAUUCGCAUCUUCCUGGAAUGGAGACGAGUCAAAGCCCAAGAGAGCCAACUCCAUGACCCCAGUCUCAUGAAAAGCACCUCUAGCGCUGCUCCCCCAGUCAUGGGUCCCAACGAGCAGCGCUCUCUUCAGCAUUUGGCUGACCUGGCUGUCGGUGCUGAGGGCUCCGUUGCCGCUGUUGCAUCCUCGCCUCCUCCCCUCGCCUCUACUGAGAACAUGGGUCCAACAUCACCGAACCUUGUGCCGUCGCAACCUCAGGGCCGCGUCGUGGUUGAUUUCACUAUGCUCACCAAAGAAGGCUAUCUCAAUGUCUUUUCUGGCUUGAUUUACCGCCGAUCUCGCUGA